UAAAUAAAGUUAUUGAAAUGAGUCUCUUCCAACAUGGCGGCCCCCUUUGCGCCCUUGGUUUCCCGGAGUUCUCUGCUAAGCGUUUACCGGGAAUGUAGGAGGCUGCAGUACGGCGUGAGGUGGGGGAAGCUCGGAGGGCCGUGCGUUCCCUGUCUGUGCAGGCAGACGGCAGUAUCUGUUAGCCAUGUAGCAGAGGCUUCAGCUGUCGGCUCAGCAAAAAAUACCCAGCCAGGAGUGCUUAAUGAAUGUACUGGACCACUUCAACAGUACGACGUUCUGGUAAAGGACUGCGUGCUAAGGAAAGAUGAGCAUCAACGAAGAGUCAUGCAGCACUUACAGAGUCUUCAUGACGAACUCCGGGGGUACAGGAAAGAAUCCACAGGAAUUUUGGCAAAGUUUUUUACACGUAGAAAACCUCCAAGAGGGAUGUAUGUCUUUGGAGAUGUUGGUACAGGCAAGACUAUGGUAAUGGACAUGUUUUAUUCCCAUGUGGAAGUUGAACAGAAAAAGCGGGUGCAUUUCCAUGGAUUCAUGCUGGAUGUGCAUGAAAGAAUACACAGACUUAAGAAAAGCUUACCGAAAAGGAAGGCCGGAUUCAUGGCCAAAACCUAUGACCCUAUUGCCCCCAUAGCUGAGGAGCUAAGUGAAGAAGCCUGUCUGCUGUGCUUCGAUGAAUUUCAAGUGACUGAUAUUGCUGAUGCCAUGAUCCUAAAGCAGCUUUUUGAAAACCUGUUUCAAAAUGGAGUGGUCGUCGUGGCAACUUCCAACAGGCCUCCUGAAGACCUUUAUAAAAAUGGACUUCAGAGAGUUAACUUUGUACCAUUCAUUGCUGUUUUAAAGCAAUACUGCAACACUGUUCAACUGGACUCUGGUAUAGACUAUCGAAAACGUGUUCUCGCUGCGGGUGGUAAAGUAUACUUCCUCACAAGUGAAGCUGAUGUGGAGGCUGUCAUGGAUAAGUUGUUUGAUGAGCUGGCUCAGAAACAAAAUGAUGUAACAAGACCAAGGAUUCUGAAAGUGCAGGGCAGGGAGCUGAAGCUGAGUAAAGCUUGUGGGUGCAUUGCUGACUGCACAUUUGAGGAACUCUGUGACCGACCUCUGGGUGCCAGUGAUUAUCUUGAAAUGUGCAAGAAUUUUGACACCGUUUUUAUUCGACAAAUCCCACAGCUAAACAUGACAAAGCGGUCCCAGGCUCGCAGAUUCAUAACUCUUAUUGAUGCCUUCUAUGACCACAAGGUGCGUGUGGUUUGCUCUGCAGAUGUCCCUUUGCAAAGUUUGUUUAUGCAAAAGCUUCAAGAUGCUGUGGAUGUGGAUUCUAGAAUACUUCUCGAUGAUCUGGAGCUUAGUGCGGACUCAUCUGGAGGAUUGUCCAUGUUCACAGGCGAGGAGGAACUCUUUGCAUUUCACCGCACCUUGUCUCGUCUUACUGAAAUGCAAACAGAUCAGUACUGGAGAGACGGAGACAGAAGCCAGAAGUAGUCAUCACUCGUGCCGAAAUAAUGCGAUAAAUGCACAAUACAUCACUUUGAGAGAUGACAUUUCCUAAGAAGUAUACAUCCUCAAUGGGAUUACACAACACUCUCAGGACCAUUAUGUUAUGUAAAUGUCUUUUUUGUCAUUUUUGCAGAGUUUAAGUGGAUGCUGCUCUAUUACCAUACAAAGCUUAGUUACACCAUUGAGUUAUACAGAUAUUUAAAUAUCCUAACAUUGUUUUGGUGCUUAUGACUGCAAAUGCAAUUUGUUACAGUACAUCUGAGAAGAACAGAACGGGACUGAGUGAGACAAUACCAUGGAGUACCUGAGAGUUACACUUAGUGCAAUCAUCAGGGGCUCAUCUGUACUAUUUAAUGCUGAAGUGUUCACAAUGAAUGAGCGUUAAUUGUAUGUGCUUUAACAUUUUUAUUGUAUGUGUCAUAACAGUGGUUUGCUUGAGAUUGUGUCAUUGUUUCGAAAGCUACAAUCUUUGAAACAUAACAGAAAACAUCCACUGCCAAUAUAAAUGUUGGUAUUCCAGGUAAGGGUUACUCUUAGCAAUAUGAGCUACCCAGAGGAUUUCUAUUUGUACACUGCACAUCGGUUAUCCACACUCCAUCAAUGUAUUAAUGCAGCCAAAUUCAUUUUCUGUGCUUAUGAAAUUCAGAGGCUUGUUUUCACGUACAGAUAUAUUAUUCCUACCUUUCCUUUACAAAAUGUGUACACGUUUAUAUAAACAAGGGUGCUGUUAUUUGUUAUUUAUUACUUAUCAACAGGAAACAAUUAUGAAUUGUUCUUAUUAUCUCUAGGAACACACCUACCGUAACUCAGAAACAGUAAAAGCAAUUUGUAAACAUUUUUAAAUGCCACAGAUCACAGUCAUACAGCAUAUGAAUGGUUAUUAUUACCACCACCACAUUGGAAGUGAUAUAUUAGCAGUUUGCAUUGAUCAGUCCAAUACUAUUUUAAUCACAAAUGUAAUUGCUUGCUGUGUCUGCCUCACUAAUAAAUCUCCUAUAUUCAGUA